AUGUCAAACUUCGUUCCUCAUCCUCUUGAUGAUUGCCCUCCACCCUUGGAGGAGCCGAGUCACCCAGUACACCCCCAGGACUCCGAGACGAACCUCGCGAUUGGUGAAAUGCUACAAUUCGCCGUCAAUACCAUUCUUGUAACACUUUAUUUCGUCAUUACUCUGCUGUUUCGUUUCGCCACGGACACCGUGCCAGACCCACUCGAUGAUACCCUCCCAGCCUUGGGUGAGGAGGCAAGCUACCCAGAACACCCCCAAGACCCGGGAGAGGCACACCUCAGUGGAGUGCAACAGAUCGUCGUUACUGCCAUUCGCGCGACUGAUCUAACUCUUGGUCUCCAACGGAUUCCCGCUGGCUUCCAUGUGGUAGUAAAGACUCACGGUAUCGAAUUCCAAACAAGCAACAAGCCUGUGCACGUAGACCAGGCUGUUGUCGAAUGGAACGAGCCCAUACUUCUGCCAUGUGAACCAUCUUCUCUCGUUCGGGUCAGCGUGUAUGCCUCAUUUGAACUGGGUCCCAUGCUUGGCCAUGGAGAAGUCCUUCGCACAUUCGAGAUGUCCAUGGGUGAAUUAUUGGAUCGCAGUGAAAAGUUAUGUCCCAGAGUUUUUCAGCCCAAGCAGGCGGAACUCGUAUCCCCGUGUACUUCACUGUUGGUGACAGUGGAGCGGCGGUGUUCUGAUGACAAUUGUGGUGUCCUUUCCCCCCUUACUACCGUUACGUCCGGCAAUAGAAAGGCAUUAAUACUCAGGGCGGACACCGGACAUCAUCUUCUCGCACGAUACCGCAGGCGGCAGAACAGUGUGGAUCUCGACCAAUCCAUCAAGCACUUUGAACGCGCCUCGGAUCUUUGCCCCGUAGAUGAUCCCUGCCGCCCUGCAACACUGUUCAAUUUAGCUAUUGCCAAGUUUUUGAGUUGCCAAGUUAAUGGAACAUCCCUCGACCUCGACAUCCCCAUCUCUCUUUUUCAAGAGGCCCUUGCUUUGCGUCCUACUGGUCAUCCUGACCGACCCACAACCCAGCUCUAUCUUGCCAUUUCUCUGCUGUCUCGCUUUGCGAAACGGGGAUUUCAAACAGAUGCUGAUGUGGCCGGAGAGUUAAUGAGCGAAGUCCUCGAGGUUUGCCACGCCAACAGCCACAUUUACAGAGCAGCUUUGCUUGCAAUUGAUACAUUUGCUCUACAUCGAGUUGGAGGCAUGGAUGGACACGAUAUUGGGCACAUGCAACCCGCUGCAUCCAUGCUUCCGUUGUCGCCAAAUCACCUUGUUGAUCGUGCAGAGCGGUGCUUGCAGAGAGAUGAUCCCCACGACUUAGAUGAAGUGAUCUCCCUUCAUUACGAUGCACUGCGAUACUACGACAGUAUGGAUGAUCGCCGAGCGCAAUUACUAAAUAACCUUGCGAAUGUGCUCUCCACCCGCUUCGAGCACCGAGGCAAUGACCAAGACUUGUGUGACGCUGUCAUGCUUCUCAGGGACGCGCUGGCUUUACAUCCAGUCGGUCACCCAGAUCGGUCCAAGUCAUUAAAUAACCUUGCGAUUGUGCUCUCCACCCACUUCGAGCACCGAGGCAAUGACCAAGACUUGGAUGACGCUGUCAUGCUUCACAGGGACGCGCUGGCUUUACAUCCAGUCGGUCACCCAGAUCGGUCCUCGUCAUUAAAUAACCUUGCAAAUGUGCUCUCCACCCGCUUCGAGCACCGAGGCAAUGACCAAGACUUGUGUGACGCUGUCAUGCUUCUCAGGGACGCGCUGGCUUUACAUCCAGUCGGUCACCCAGAUCGGUCUUCGUUAUUAAAUAACCUUGCGGAUGGGCUCUUCACCCGCUUCAAGCACCAAGGAAAUGACCAAGACUUGGAUGACGCUAUCAUGUUUCACAGAGAUGCGCUAGCUUUACGCCCAGUCGGUCACUCAGAUCGGUCCAUGUCAUUAAAUAACCUUGCGAAUGUGCUCUCCACCCGCUUCAAGCACCGAGGCAAUGACCAAGACUUGGACGACGCUGUCAUGCUUCACAGGGACGCGCUGGCUUUAUAUCCAGUCGGUCACCCAAAUCGGUCCUCGUCAUUAGGUAACCUUGCGAUUGCGCUCAAAACCCGCUUCGAGCACCGACGCGAUCGAGAAGACCUCCACGAGUCACAAGAAAAUCUCUGCUGUGCAUUGACUCUCUUGACGCAACACGACCGCCGUCUAUUUAUCGCCCAUGGAUCGCUAGCUAACGUCUAUAUGUUGUUCCAUCAAUCGGGACUUAACGGCACUGGUGAAUACAUUGACAGUUUGGCUGCUGCCAUGCAUCAUCUCCAGGCAGCAGCGAAUGUUGUCUCUGGAGGUUUGCUAUCUCGCCUGCGAGCAAGUCUACGCUGGGUUAACAAGGCCCACGAACAUUCACAUGCUACUGAACUGGAGGCUUAUGCGACUUCCAUGCAGCUCCUCGACACUUACAUGUCAGCGACAGCUUCAGUAUCGUCUCGUCACGAUGCCAUGAAGAACUUUCCAAGUAUGCUUGCCGUGGAUGCUGCAUCAUGUGCGCUUCGUAGCGGUAAUAUGUGUCGUGCUGUCGAGUUGUUGGAACAAGGUAGGACUAUCAUUUGGACCCAGAUGACACGACUUCGCACGCCUCUUGACGGCCUCCAAGAUCUCGGUGAUCAUGCAGUGUCCCUGAUGAAGAAAUUCAGACACCUCAGCUCCCUCCUUGAUGCACCUCCUGCCAAUCAUGCAGAGGGAACCCCAGGAGUCAAUGUAGAAGCAGAAGCAAGCCGGUACCGACGUCUAGUGGAGGACUGGAAUAGAGUUGUAGAAGAUAUUCGCAAGAUCGAGGGCUUCUCUCGCUUCCUACUUCCCCCCUUGUUCUCCGAUCUUCAAAAUGCAGCUCGUGAUGGGCCUAUCAUCGUGCUCGUUGCAAGCAAUUCGUCUUGCAAUGCCAUUAUUAUUCCACACAACCAACCUCCGAUCAACAUUAAACUCUGCAUCAAUUUGGAGAAACUCCAACAUUUGGUGGUCAAACUCCAACGGGCAAGUCAAUCACAGGCCGCUCCCAAACCCACCCCCAAAGCCACUCCCAAGCCCUCUCCAAAACGGACCCAAUCAGCGCUGAUGAAAGCAUUGAUGGAGUUGUGGGACGACGUUGUCAGCCCGGUGGUAGACAAUCUGGGCGGAUUUGCACCACCAGGUUCCCGGAUAUGGUGGUGUCCGACGUCUUUCUUCAAUUUUUUGCCAUUUCACGCUGCUGGCGCGUACAGGCAAGGUGGACAGUUGCUUUCGAACCUCUAUAUCUCUUCAUACACGCCAUCACUUACCGCGCUGAUCAGGGCUCGCAGAAGUCAUGACAGAUCCCUGUCAGUGCCCUUUGCUGCCAUCGGUCAGAAUCACCCAGCUGGUCAUCCAUUCAUUUUGGAGUGUGUGGAGCCCGAACUAGAAUUGGUGCGGAAUCUUUUGCCCCCUCCUCCGACUGUUUCCUUCACCAAAAUAACGAGCGCUGAGGCAAUAAAAUCGAGAGCAUUGCGCGCGUUGCGAGACAAUACUUGGCUUCAUUUUUCGUGUCACGGCACACAGAACUAUACAGAACCCUUCAAGUCGGCCUUUCUCAUGCGCGACCAACCGCUUUCACUCCUCGAUAUCUCACAAAUGGAUCUGUCUCGGCAUGAAUUUGCCUUUCUUUCUGCCUGUGAAACCGCAGUCGGUGAUGUCAAUACGCCUGACGAAGUCAUACACCUGGCGGCUAGCCUACAAUUUGCUGGUGUGCAGAGUGUGAUUGGGACAUUAUGGAGUGUCAACGACAGUACGGUGCAGCGCUUAGUCGAGGCAUUCUACAAGAACUUGUGCGGAGAUGGAAAAAUGAAUUCCAAGCGGGCUGCCCGAGCGCUGCACCGAGCGGUCCAGUCGUUGGCCGGUGACGAGGAGAUGCCCUUGGACCAGCGCAUAGUGUUCAUGCAUAUUGGCAUAUGA